GCCGGUCAAGGAAGUCAGCAACCGGCUCCAUCGAUAUCUUCUGAUCUAGCCAGCACUAAAUAUUCUUCUUUUCGGCACCGAAUUCGCGUCGAGACCGUCUCACUCAUUCAAUUGCAUUAUCCGACGGUCGCUUAUCAGCAGAGCUCGGCCCAGCAAAGCACGCAAUAACCUCCGGCCACCAAACCGAGUCCCGCUGUCAGUUCCGUCCCCGGAUCUGCCUUUCUCGUCUCUUCGUGCCACUUUUCCUCCCUUCUUUCUCUCCUCUCUUCUCGACCCGCAGGCGCUGCCUCUAUGUUCUUUGGCUACCGCGCUGCCAUCUCCUCCACCAGAGCCGCUCACUUACAUUCCUCAUCGCACGCUUUCCUGCGCCCCUCGUCAACACCGGCCUUACCCCGCCAUCCUUUCUCCAGAGCAAUGUCGGCCACCACGGCUCGUCCCGACCCUUUUCGACCGGCAGCGAGAGUCGCUGGCCAGAGACAAGAUGUCUGGUCCAUUGUCAAUGAAGCCGCUGCUGCCUCCCCCGUCCAGCCCAUUGUGAACAUGGGACAGGGUUUCUUUGGCUACAACCCACCUAAGUUUGCCUUGGACGCCGCCAAGGAGGCCCUGGACCGAGUCGACUGCAACCAGUACUCCCCGACCAAGGGACGUCCGCGUCUCAAGAAGGCUCUGGCUGAUGCCUACUCUCCUUACUUCGGCCGGACCCUCAAUCCGGAGACUGAAGUCACCAUCACCACCGGAGCCAACGAAGGUAUGCUGAGCGCAUUCAUGGGAUUUAUCGAGCCCGGUGAUGAGGUGAUCAUCUUCGAGCCCUUCUUCGACCAGUACAUCAGCAACAUUGAGAUGCCCGGUGGUACCAUCCGCUAUGUCCCUCUUCACCCUCCCAAGGAUGGCGCGACGAGGACUUCCCCGGCCUCUGAGUGGACGAUAGACUUUGAGGAGCUGGAGAACACCAUCAACGACAAGACAAAGAUGAUCGUUCUGAACUCCCCCCAUAACCCCGUGGGUAAAGUUUUCUCGCGUGCUGAGCUCGAGCGCAUCGGAGAACUCUGUGUGAAGCACAACCUUAUCAUCCUCUCCGAUGAGGUCUAUGAUCGCCUUUUCUACGUUCCUUUCACCAGAAUCGCUACUCUGUCUCCCGAGCUUUAUGAGCGCACCAUCACCGUCGGCUCUGCGGGCAAGGCCUUCUACGCUACUGGCUGGCGUGUCGGAUACCUUAUCGGCCCCGAGCAUCUGAUCAAGUAUGUGGCCGGUGCGCACACUCGUAUCUGCUACAGCAGUGUGUCUCCCCUCCAGGAAGCUGCUGCGGUUGCCUUUGAGCAGGCCGACAAGGUCGGUUUCUGGGACGAGAGCCGGGACGAGAUGAAGAAGAAGAUGGAGCGUUUCUGCGAAGUCUUUGAUGAGCUUAACAUUCCUUAUUCUGACCCCGAGGGAGGCUACUUUGUUCUCGCCAACAUGUCUUCUGUGAAACUCCCCGAGGGCUACCCGUUUCCUCCCCACGUUGCCAGCCGUCCUCGCGAUUUCAAGCUGUGCUGGUUCCUGAUUCAUGAGGUCGGUGUGGCGGCCAUUCCUCCCACCGAGUUCUACACCGACGCGAAUGCCCACAUUGCGGAGGACUAUCUCCGGUUUGCUGUCUGCAAGAAUGAUGAUGUGCUGGAGACUGCCAAGGAGAGACUUCGCGGCCUCAAGAAGUAUAUUGCGUGAGGAGAUUGGUGGAGCUAGUCAGCGACAAAUAACAUAGAACCAGAAUCUGAAACUGCCUUCAACGGCCUAAUUCAAGAUAAUGCAGGAAAGAUAGAGCUACCGGUUGACCGGACCUGGAAAAGAAUUGAGAUAGAAGUUCAUUUCAAUUUUGGAUAUUGUACAUUGAUGUCCAUGCCACGCUUUCAACAAACGAGC